GCUACCUAGCUUGGCACAGCAAUUUUAAUUAUAUGUACUAUGUAUAUUAUCUCCUGUAUCUUUUACCUUUUACCUCGAUGAUGACAUGACAACAUUGACAACCAAAAGUAGUGGCGGAUCCGAUGAAUUUUAAUUUAAACGAUUAAAAACCCGAACAAAAAUCAUGUUACGUUAGCCAACUAUUUUUACUUUAUUUUCCCUUCUUUGCAGUAAAAUACAUAUAAGAGUAUAAUAAUUAUGGUGGAUGCAAUUGACAAUAACAUUAAGGGGCUGCUCUCUAGUUUAUGUGGAGAUAUGCACGUUCUUGAAAUGAAGGUAGCAGACGCGGAAAAUUAUAUAAUUCGGUUGCAAUGCAAACUAUUGGCAGGAGAUGAUUACGACUGCAAGUGCAAUACUUGGAUUGAAGGGUUUUCAAAACCAACAAAUACAAACUGGAUAACUGUUCACCGAUUUCCGAAUGCUUUCCGCUACGAAUUCAAAAAAUUAUUUAAAUGCCAACAUUCAUCAAAAGGACCAGCAAAGAUACCAGACAUAUUUUCGAGUCAUACUUCAAUUCAGGAAUGUCUCCAUCAGCGGCCCGCAGUAUUUCCUCAGUAUUUAUCAUGAAAUGCAAAUGACCGAACACACAAGUACAAACGUUGCACAUAAUAGCACAGCAUGUCUCUUGCAAAUGCACGGGAAAAUCCUACGGAAAGACAAGUUAUAUAUUUAUACGAUCGAUGGAGAGUCACUCAAUAUGGCACGUGUGAUGAAAGUAGUAUGCUAGAUGUACUUAACAACAAAAUUUCAUUUCUCAAAGAGGCUGGAGUUGAAUUAAUUGUGAAAGACAAUCCGUUUAUAGUUGUUAUUGUUACACCAAUUAUGCGGCGUGCUUUUCUACAGAAUUUUGCAGACGAAAUGAUUUUCGUGGACUCUAGUGGGUCAUGUGACCAAAGCAGCACGUGCGUUACCUUUGUUUUUGCAUCAAGUAAAAUUGGAGCUAUUCCUAUAGCAUGUGUACUUCUGCACAAACGGAAGCCAACUAUACCCUAGCUUUUUCUGCUGUUCAAGAAGUGCUCGAAAUUAACGGCAAAAAGUUUUCGCCAAAAGUCUUUAUGACCGACGACUGUUCAGCCGAGAGAAAUGCAUUGGCUACUGUAUUUCCAAAAUCUGUCAUAUUACUAUGUAUUUUUCACUUAUGCCAAGCGUUGUGGAGAUGGCUUUGGCAAGUCCAUCACAAUGUGAAAAAAGACUAUAGAAAAACAGUAAUGAACAUGUUUAGGGAUAUACUGUAUGCACCCACGGUAGAGGAUGCAGAAGAACUUUUCAAGUCUUUGAAAUGUAAUAAAAUUGUACGAGGUAACACCUUGUUGCUUCAACAUAUGAAGAACCUGUGGAGUCGAAGAAUGGAAUGGUGCCUUCCAUACCGAAGCAAGAUUAUUACAAGAGGCAAUAAUACGAACAACUACACGGAGGCCUCGAUCAGAAUUUUUAAAGACAUUGUUCUCCAAAGGUGCAAAGUAUUUAAUUCUUGUGCUUUAGUGGAAUUUAUUUCCAAAGUUUUUGAGAGUUAUUACAAAAGACGAUUAUUGGAAUUUGCGAACUCAAGACACUCGAAGCCACGAUUUGAUUAUGAAAAUAUGUGUCCUAAAGCUAAAGACAUUUAUAUUGUUUAUAAACUGGAGAAUAACAUAUUUCACGUAGCUUCAGAAAAAGAUUCGAAUCUUUUAUAUACCAUCAACGCAGAACUUGCAUUCUGUGACUGUCCAGCUGGUGCAAGUGGUAAGUUUUGCAAGCAUUUAUGUGCAAUUGAGAUGAAGUUUGGUAUAUUAUUCAAGACUUCACCAAUUUUGAAUGCAUCUGACAGGAUACAAAUGGCAAAAUUAGCAGUGGGCGAGUCUGCUUCCGACGAAUUUUACUACAGUAUGGAUGGGAAUGAUGAGGAUUACAGUGAAGUGCAAUUACCAGAACACAAUCAAACGGAUUUUUCAGUAAACGUUAUUCAUCUUGAUAACAAUCAGAACCACGAGAACUUCAACGAAGAAGCUGCCCAAUUGCGUUGCCACAUUGAUCGUUUCGACACUAGAAGAAAAUCGAAGUUCUCAAGCUACCCUUACGUUGAUCAAAUUUAACAAGACGCUAUAAGAGAUAAAAACACCUUUGCAGAUAAUAAUUUUUUUUUGAAAUGAAAAUACUUACUACUGGAAGAAGAUCUAGAAAAAUAAAAGUUCAGCCAACGUCGGUUUGUCGUCGUAAACAGCGAGGAUUACCACAAUCUGGCAGAAUUCAAGCUGGAAGACCCUCUAAUAAAGAAAAAGUCAAACGAAGGCACAACCUUUCAUUAAAUAUUAUGGCAAAUCAUCCAAACACAAAAUUGCACUAAUAAAUGUUAUGGUUGUAAUGUCAUAGGUACGAGUAUUUUUUUAAUAAAUAAAUUCAGCUCGCUAACCAUUUAGUUUCAUUCUGUUUGCUCUGUUUUCUUACUAUGAUCAUAUUCUCUCGUGUCGGCGAAGCUUGAUCUGUACCGCGCGCUAUAUUGGUGAAUUUUUAUGAACUAUUACUGCAGCAAAGUGGUGUGCAAUACAGAAAAUAAGGCGCUCUGUAAUGUACAUUAUUACACAUGUAACAUUAAUGUACAUUACUACACAAUGGCAAUACGC